AUGACACGGGGCUCUGCGAGCUGCUCCUUGCUGUCUCUUCCGCUUCUCACCGCCCUGUUGGCGCUUCAUUUCCUGGCAAGCCUUCCUGUGCACGCUGCAGGACCUGUCGUGCCAAUAGACGUGCUGCAAGCACAAGCUCUGGCAGAGAGCGUGGGGGUAUGGGGAGUGGCGCCAACAGGGUGGAGUGGAGGGGUGGAUUGCAGCCAAGUGCAAGGGGUGACUUGUGACAGCGAUGGCACGGUGGUGGCAAUCGACCUCGCCAACUGCUCUCUAAGUGGCUACAUCCCUGUCACAUUCAGUUCUCUCACGUCCCUAUCCCUCCUGCUCGCCACUUUAUCCCUCUCCCCACCCCUCCUCAGCCCGCAAUCCUCCCGUCCUUCCUCUUAUUGCGCUCUCCCCUCCCCCCCACCUCUCUCAUCACCUCCAUCCUUUCUCUUUCCUUCUCCCCUUCUCAUCCCUCUUCCAGCCUUUCCCCCUCUUCCUCCAACUCUCCUCUUUCUCCUAUCCUUCUCCACACUCCUGUCUUGCUGCCCCUUCUUCCCUCACCUCCCACGCAGGGAUCUGAGUCACAACAGCCUAUGGGGCACCAUGCCGUCGUUCCUCAGCCUGCUGGAGAACUUGAGGCGCCUGGACCUGAGGAACAGCUCGUUGGGCGGAACCAUUCCGGCUGGCCUCGGCAUGCUUCCUAACCUGCGCUUCCUGGAUCUCUCGUCCAACCACCUCAACUCAGCUGUUCCUGCCACCCUGGGCCGACUGAACUCACCCACCCUCUUGGAUCUGAGUCACAACAGCCUAUGGGGCACCAUGCCGUCGUUCCUCAGCCUGCUGGAGAAUCUGAGGCGCCUCGACCUGUCAAGCUGCUCUUUUAUCGGCACUGUUCCCGGCAUGCUGAGCUAUCUCACUCGCCUGCAUACCCU